AUGGAAAGGGCUGCCCAGUUCAUGCUGCGAACGAGAAGCGAUGGCGGACCAGCACCAGGUGACAUCCGGAACAUCGUGAACCGGGGCAGGCGGAUCGAAAUCGAGGCAAAUCGGAAAGCACUGCUGCCCAUCAUUGACAUCGUCCUGACCUGCGGCCGGCAGAACAUCGCCCUGCGAGGCCAUCGUGAUGACGGACGCAUCACCGAGUCGGAGCCGCCAGACAACGACGGAAACUUCCGCAGUCUUGUGCGUCUGCUGGUUCGUCACGGCGACGGCAUCCUCAAGGAACAUCUUGAGAAGUCCGGCAGCAACGCCACCUACAUAUCCAAGACGACGCAAAACCAGAUCCUCGACUGCGCCAUGUCUAUCAUCAGGAGUCACGUCCGUGAAAACAUCCAAGGUCGCUUUAUCAGCGUGCUGGCCGACGAGACUACAGAUCGAGCUGGGCGUGAGCAGAUGGUCGUGGUCUUCCGGUAUGCCACAGAAAAGGAAGGGAAAUGGGUCGUGCGCGAGGACCCAGUAGCUGUGGUAGAUCUCGUGGAAGAAAUCAAGAGGACCGGAAAAGUGUCAGAAGAAGAGGAGGUGAAGAUGUCGGGAGAAAACAUCGGGAACGUCUUGACAGAGAAGAUCAAGGAGUUCACUGGUGCUGGAUCCGCCACAAUCGUCGGCUGUGGAUUCGACGGAGCUGCUGCGAUGGCGAGUGAGAACGUGGGUGUGGCAGCAGUGAUGAAGCGAGAUAAUCCAUACUGUGAUUACUACCACUGCGCGAUGCAUUCACUGAACCUCUGCGUCUCGGCGUGCUGCAAACAGCCAGACAUCCGUGGCUGCAUCGCCACAAUCAAAGAGCUGACAAGCUUUUUCAACAUGUCCGCGAAGCGCAUAGACGCUCUGAGACGCGCCGUAAAGACGGCCGCUCCGGAACGGAGCCGGACGCGACUCGUGUCACUCUGUGCCACACGGUUUCUGGAGCGGCAUGACGCCAUCCUGACGCUCUGUGAGAUGCUGCCGUCGGUGGUGACGGCUCUGGAGGACAUGGAGACGUGGUACUCACCAGACACGCGAAACAAGGCCGGCCAGCUGCGCCGCGCUCUCAGCUCGGCGUCCUUCCUGGUGGCUCUGUUCGCCUUGGAGUCGAUCACCGCCAUAAUGCUGCCGGUGGCGCGUGCACUCCAGGCGAAGCAGAUGGACGCCGUCACAGCUCUGGAAGCAGUGCAGGCAUGCACCAAAGUCCUCCAGUCCUGGAGAGAGCAGCCAGACGAGCGCUUCGCGGAGGUCAUGACCAAGGCGGAACAGGCGGCUGAAUCUCUGGGCGUGGUCAUCAAACCUCCUCGGUGUGCUUCAAAGUCUGUGUACCGGGCCAACGCCGGCGACUCUGAUGACCCCAUCGGCUACUACCGGGUAAACUGCUUCCUGCCGCUACUUAGCAGCACCCUGCAGCAGCUGGAGCAGCGCUUCGGAGAGCGACAGCAGACAUCGUUUAAACUCCGAGACCUUCUUCCGGCAUACAUGAAGCCGUGGGAGGAAGUAGAGUCCGCUCUGCUGCGCUACAGCGACUUUCUCGACCCGCCACAGGUAGUCAAGGCUGAACACGAGCUGUGGCGCACAAUGUGGACCAACAAGCCCGCCCUGGAUCGACCAAGAUCUGCCGUGGAGGCGCUGGACGCCUGCUCUCAUGAGCUGAUGCCGAACAUCUGCAAGCUGCUCGAGAUCCUGGCUGCGCUGCCAGUGACCACAGCUGAACCAGAACGCUUCUUCAGCCGCGUGUCUCUGGCGGCCAGCUCCAUCAGGGCAACUAUGACGGAGGACAGGCUGGAGGCGAUCUGUAUGCUGCAGGUGUACCGGCAGUGCCCCGCAGUCACGAGUGACGCCGUGCUAGAAGUGUUCAGCAAGACACAGCGCAAGAAGAACUUUGUCCUUUGA